AAGAAAGCAGCUUUAGGAACUUUAAUCUGUUAUCGCCAUGGCCACUGAAUAGGCCAUAAAUUUGAGCUCUGUUAUUGAUUUCUGUUGAUGUUAAAUGUGUCACAUGGUUGUUUUGCAGUGGUAAUAACCUGUGUAAAGAAGAAGGAGGGCAAUGCUAGGGUCUAUGACAAACGGCAAGCCUGCUUUUUCUGUGAGAAGCUAUAUGCAAAAAUUUCUCGCCAUUUGGAACGUCAACACAGUGAUGAAUCAGAGGUAGCCAAAGCAUUUGCACAUCCACGCAGCUCAAAAGAACGAAAGAAAGCUCUUGAAAAGUUACGUCUCCAAGGCAAUUUCCAUCACAACUUACGUGUGUUGGAGUCGAAAAGUGGACAGCUUAUCGUUAUGCGAAGACCAGCAGGGGAAGAGGUAUGUUCUCAGGAUGACUUUCUGCCUUGCCCUGACUGUCUGGGCUUUUUGAAGAGAAAAGACCUUUGGAGGCAUGUUAAAGUCUGCAACUUCAGAAGUACUGGUAGUCACGUGGAUGAUGAUGAAGGUGAUGACAUGAAGUAUCAAAGGCUUCAGACUAAGAGUAAAUUGCUCGUCUUGCCAUCAAUAAGCCCUGGUAAGAGCUCACUGUUCCAAGAUGUUGUGGCCUCCAUGAGAUCAGAUGAUAUAUCUCUUGUAGCUCGGAAUGAUUUAGUUAUUUCUGCUCUUGGAACCAUGAUGGUAGAAAAGCUUGGCACAAAGAGAUCUCACGACAUUUCACAAAAGAUGCGACACCUUGCUCGUCUACUAAUAUCACUUAGGGAGACAGAAGACAAUGAUAGUGCCAACCUGUCGCAGUUUCUUCGUCCCAGUAAGUUUGAUGCUAUUGUGAAGUGUGUCUUGCAGAUUUCUAAGUUUGAUGUAAAGAGAGGUGAAAAGGAAGUCGGAACACCCUCCUUGGCUUUGCAUAUUGGUCACUCAUUGAAGAAAUGUGUUGCUUUUGUUCGUGGGAAAGCACUCCGGGAGAAAGACAAAGGUGUACUGGAAGAUGUUGAACACUUUGAGAAACUAAUGGAAGCAGAGUGGAAUUACCGUGUUAGCCAUCACUCUGUAACCACUCUGAAUGAUAGGAAACAUAAUCAGCCUGAUCUUCUACCUGUCACCAGUGACCUUCAGAAGUUAAAGGAGUUCAUCACAUCAAAGAUCAUUGCACUCACCAAGCAACUGCAAGGCACAAACAAACCACUUCUACAAAGCUGGCGAGACCUAAGUGAAUUUGUGCUCAACAGAUUGAUACUUUUCAACAAACGGAGAGGAGGAGAAACAGCUAAACUUUAUCUGGAGACUUACAUCAAUCGUCCUGACUGGAGGAAAAACACAAAUCAAGAUGUUGUAGCAUCUCUCAAUGGCAUUGAACAGCACUUGCUUAAAAGGCUCGAUAUGGUUGAAAUUAAGGGGAAGAGGGGCCGGAAGGUGCCACUUCUUUUAACAGAGGAGGUUAAACAAGCAAUGGAUGUGUUGGUGGAAACGCGAAGUGAGGUUGGCAUCAAUCCACAAAACCCCUACCUAUUUGCAACAACUGGAAAUGGUUCUUUGGGUCAUUUAAGACCAUGGGAGUGUAUGAGAAAGGUCGUUACAAGUGAUGAGUUGAAGCUCGAAAAACCUGAAGCUGUGACAAGUACAAGGCUUCGAAAAUAUGUGGCUACUGUAUCACAAAUCUUAGACCUUCAAGAAAAUAUGGUGCAUUUAAGAACGGUUGUUUACUUUAUUUUUCUUUCUAGGCUCGAUAUGGUUGAAAUUAAGGGGAAGAGGGGCCGGAAGGUGCCACUUCUUUUAACAGAGGAGGUUAAACAAGCAAUGGAUGUGUUGGUGGAAACGCGAAGUGAGGUUGGCAUCAAUCCACAAAACCCCUACCUAUUUGCAACAACUGGAAAUGGUUCUUUGGGUCAUUUAAGACCAUGGGAGUGUAUGAGAAAGGUCGUUACAAGUGAUGAGUUGAAGCUCGAAAAACCUGAAGCUGUGACAAGUACAAGGCUUCGAAAAUAUGUGGCUACUGUAUCACAAAUCUUAGACCUUCAAGAAAAUGAACUGGACUGGCUUGCUCGUCAUUUAGGCCAUGACAUCACUGUCCACAGAGAAUACUACCGAUUACAUGAAUCAACCAUUGAGCUUGCAAAAGUUGGAAAGAUUCUUACAACAGUGGAUGAGGGAAAAACCCAGCACUGGGCUGGGAAAUCCCUAGAUGAUAUUGAUCUGGACAAAGACAUUGACCCAGUUGCAGAUGAUAGGGAUUCUGAAUCAGACGAAGACAGUGAUAUCGGUACAGAGCAAGACAGUCCAAGUGGAAGUGCACAGCAAAAAGGAAGCCCAAGAUUGGACAAGUCGAGGACAGCUGGUACAACAUCAGUGCCAAAAGAAAGUGGUAUUGCUGGUGCACGCAAGAGGACAAAGCAGCAUAAUCCUUGGACAAAGGAAGAAAAAGAUGAGAUUUUCAAACAUCUCGGAAAUUACAUAAAAAAGAAGAUUUUGCCGGGAAAGAGGGAAUGUUUAAAAUGCAUUGAGCAAAGUAAUGGGGUUUUGGCUAAUAGACAGUGCGGCCGUGUGACUCGGCACGAUAGUGACAAGGAGGGGCCAGAUGAUGUCAUGGGAGAAGCAAGGUACAUUUACCAUUUGAAAUCAUUUUUUUUAUGUGCAAUUCCAUUGAUACAAAGCGCCAUUCGACAACAGUGGAGCGAAUUUGGCGGUAAUGACGCGUUGGUGAAGAACUGGGCCCAGUUGUUCGAAGGCUGA